ACCUUCCACCACUCCCCCCUCUUCUCCUCUCUCUUCUACGCACUGUAAGAAACCAACCAAAUCUCUUCUCUUCUCUCUGGUCUGUAAGAGAGGGAGUAGCAGUAUCUUCGGUAGUAGCAGAAGAGAGAAGAAGAUGAUGUUGGGGAAGAGAGCUAGACCAUCAAUGAGAAGAACAACAAGUAUGACAGGAUUAACUGUAGAUCCAAUAAACAUGGAUACAUCAUUACCACCUUUAGAUCCUUCUAUAAACGAUGUCAUGGUUCUUAGAGCUCAUCAUCACCAUGUACAGAAUAAUAUUAACAACAAUAAACAAGCGGGUGUUGGUGAUGUUAAUAUUACAGAUCAUGGGUUUGUUCAUCAUCAUCUCUCGAGAAGAAAUACUGUUGGUGGUGGUGAUGCUAUUACUUCUAACACUGAAUUCGAACAGAAAUUUAUGUCAAGUAAUGUUGCACCGCCUAAACCUAGAUUUAACCAGAGAAGAAAUUCAGGGGAUUUUGCUGUUGAAGCUGCUGCACAUUUCUUGAGAUCUUGUGGACUCUGUAAACGUCGGCUUGCUCCUGGUCGUGAUAUCUUCAUGUACAGGGGUGAUGCCGCAUUUUGUAGCUUAGAAUGCAGGCAACAACAAAUUCAACAGGAUGAGAAAAAAGAAAAGUGUUCGUGGGUCUCAAAGAAGGAAAUUCCUUUGGUGGUGGUGGCGGCAACGGUAGCCGGAUCAGAGUCUUCCAAUAAUGGAGAGACGGUAGCAGCCGCAUAAAACUUUGAUGGAAUGCUUAAACAGUGUUUAGGGUUUAAAUUAUGUACGAGGAGUUAAUAAUCUAUGUUAAUUUGAAAAUGAAGAUGAGAAAUUAUGAAGAGGGGGGAGUUUUAUAUCUUUGUGUUUAUGAGAAAACCUCAAAUUUCAUGUUAGAUCCAAAUUACAUAUGAAAAGAUGCGUAGACUUUAUUUUGUUUUCUUUAAGAAAUAUUAAUAGGAAAACGAAAUAUUUAUCUA